GAAAAGAAUUCAACAGCCGUCUCAGGCAUAUCGCCUCGUGCACAAGUAAACAAGCUAACAGUUUAUAAUACUGUACUCCGUUUUGGCAUACAGAUCCACGUUUUGAUUAGUUUCUUCAGUCGCGACAAAUUAAAGACCCUGCAAGAAUAUGCCUUUAUUUACACUCAUCUAACAUCUAUGCAAGUGUUCGAAAAAUACUUCCAACUCUGAACACCUGUAAAUUGUUCUCUAAGUUUCCCUUCACACUAACCUUGCUAAUGCUCUAUAUAAAACUUCACAAACCCAUGUCAUUGCACUAACCAAUACUCUUUAACUAAUUUAAUAACUUCCAAUUUUUUAGCUGAUAAGUCCGAAUAAUCUGAAAUCUUGAGCACACCAAAAUGACAGCAGGAGGUGGUAGAUCAAUGGAGGAAUCAUCAACUUGGGCUGUUGCACUUGUCUGCCUUGUGAUCAUAUCUAUAUCACUUGGCCUUGAACAGAUAAUUCAUAUCAUUGGAAAGUGGCUGAAAAGGAAAAACAAAAGUGCUCUAUAUGAAGCACUUGAAAAGAUAAAAUCAGAACUUAUGCUGCUGGGAUUCAUAUCAUUGCUUCUGACAGUUAUGAAAGGAACAAUAUCAGAAAUAUGUAUACCUAAAGCUAUUGGAAACUCGUGGCUUCCCUGCGAUAAGGAAUUUGAAGAGGAAGCACAGAAAGAUUACGAUGGUGAUCAUGGCCACCGGAGGCUUUUAUCCUUUACAAAUUUGACAGAAACAAGUCAUCACCGUUUUCUUGCUGCUGCUGCUGCCUCCGUAGAUAAAUGUGCUGCCAAGGGUAAAGUUCAAUUUCUCUCUGAGGAUGCGAUUCAUCAGCUGCACUUAUUCAUCUUCGCCUUGGCUGUUUUUCACGUGCUUUACUGCAUAAUUACAUUGGCCUUAAGUAGAGCUAAGAUGCGCAUGUGGAAGACUUGGGAAUCAGAAACAAAAACACUGGAGUAUCAGUGUUCACAAGAUUCUGAAAGAUACAGGUUUGCAAGAGAUACAACCUUUGGGAGAAGGCAUUUAAAUCUCUGGUGUCGUUCGCCAGUUUUGAUAUGGAUUGUUUGUUUUUUUAGACAGUUUCUGGUAUCAGUUCCAAAGGUGGACUACCUGACCCUACGCCAUGGAUUUAUUAUUGCACACUUGGCUCCACAGAGUCAGACCAACUUUGAUUUCCAGAAGUACAUUAACAGAUCACUUGAAGAAGAUUUCAAAGUCGUCGUGGGUAUCAGCCCACCAAUCUGGUUUUUUUCUGUGCUAUUCAUACUCUUUAACACUAACAGCUGGAAGUCUUAUCUGUGGCUUCCCUUUGUCCCCCUGAUUAUUGUGCUAUUAGUGGGAACAAAGCUACAAGUGAUAAUAACCAAGAUGGGAUUGAGGAUUCAAGACAGAGGGCAGCUGGUUCAGGGUAGCCCUGUGGUACAACCAGACAAUGACCUCUUCUGGUUUAACCGUCCCGGCCUUCUCCUCUACCUCAUCCAUUUCGUUCUUUUUCAGAAUGCAUUUCAGUUUGCCUUCUUUGCAUGGGCUUGGUAUGAAUUUGGAACUCGUUCGUGCUUCCACGACAAAACAGAAGAUGUGAUCAUCAGAAUAUCAAUGGGGGUCAUCGUACAGAUAUUGUGCAGCUAUGUUACUCUUCCUCUCUAUGCUUUGGUGACACAGAUGGGUUCAACAAUGAAGCCGACGAUAUUCGAUGAAAGAGUAGCUAAGGCUCUACAUAGGUGGCAGCAAGACGCGAGAAAGAACAUAAAGAAGAACCGGCAGGCAGAAGGUUCAGCAGCUCCAUCACCAAAAACGGCAAGUGAUCCGCCUCCGUGCGACGAGGGUGAAGUGGACAGUGUCCACUCAUCCCCAGAGUUAAACAGCAGUGUCCACUCACCACCCCCAAAGCUAAACAGCUUCCAUAAUGUACAUUUUGAAGCUAGCGGAUCAUCAUCAUUUUCAGAAGGCCGUGCACUUUUGAAAGGGAAAGUUGAUGAGAAUCCUGCUCAAGAUAGCAACUCAAUUUCAGUUGCUAAGCCUCUUUCUUCUCAUCAUCAAAUCGACAUUCUCUAAAGGGUCACGGGUCACUAGAAUAACAACUUAUUGGUCUGAUCCACCAUUAGUUUCAUAUUUCAUUAAUUUUUGAAGGGUUCUAUAAUUGCUGUAAAAAUUCAUGUUUAGUUACUGUUGGUGAUAUAUAAAAUUUACUUGAAAAGCUUCUGGA